CAGGCUCUUUUAGCCGCACGGUUUACGAUGUCUGACACAAAAGACUCAAAGGAUACAACAGCAAAGUCUCCGAAGAAGACAGAUGCUUCUUUGGAGAAAAAAGGUGGAAGAAAAGGCCGUAUUAGGCCAAGGAAUUACGACUUGGGAAAUGGUGUAUACAGAUUUAGUCGUACUCGCAUGUUCCACAAGAAAGCUGUUUACAAAUUCAUUGGCAAGAAAACUCCAAAAACUGUGAAGCCUAAGAAACCAGUAACCAUUGAGAAGAAAAUUAGUGGUGAUAAAAAUGGUGAAAAACGUAUUGUAUUACUGAAGAAAAGACGUGCUAACUACCCAACUGCAGACCCAGUCACUGUACACCAUGCCAAGAAAUGCUUUCGUGAUCACCGUCGUUAUUUAAGGCCAUCUCUGAAACCAGGAACAAUUUGCAUCUUGCUUGCAGGUGCUCAUAAAGGAAAACGAGUUGUCUUCUUAAAGCAGCUCAAGAGUGGCUUACUUUUAAUUACUGGCCCAUUCUUAAUUAACGGCUGCCCCCUUAGAAGAGUUAGUCAGAAUUAUGUGAUUGCUACCUCCACCCAAAUCAACAUUUCGGGUAUGCGUCUACCCAAAAAUGUUGACGAUGAUUACUUCAAGAGAAAACGCGAAAAACGCGCAAAGAAAGAAGAAGGUGACAUCUUCACCAAGAAGAAGGAUGAGUAUAAAGCAAGUGAUCAGAGGAAAGUUGACCAGAAAGCUGUGGAUAAAUUUGUAAUUUCUGCCAUCAAACGGAACAAAGAAAAGAAGUUGUUAUUCACUUAUCUGUCUGCUAUGUUUGGCUUGAGAAGCAGUCAAUACCCACAUAGACUAAACUUCUAAUCCUUUAUGAUUUGAAUACAAAUACACAGCCAAUAUCGAAACAUUAA